AUGGGCCAGAUUAAUUCUACUAGAAAUACUGGGAACCAUGACCCUGUCCAUGAAGUGGACGUAGCUUCUCCUUUAGCUCCCUCUGGCAUUGAGGAGGGACCUGCCAAUUUGACUGAUGCGGGACUAAGCGCUGGGAGGGGUGGACGUCGUAGAUCGAUACGGAACAGCAUAAUUGGGAUCGUGCGCCCUAGAAUCUCUAGCAAAUCUGAGGGUGGUGAAAUCCAGGACGUCCGGGAGAGAAAGAAAUGGUUUCGAAGGUCUCGUCGCAUGUCAAAGGCUCAGCCCACGGAAGAAAGGAACUCGCAAGGUAAUCUUAGCGGGGAAACCGAGAGGCAUCAGGGCGCUUCUCAGAGGCGAGGAUUGAGAGUUUCAAUUACCGAUCGAGGAAUCGAUGACACUUCCGACUCUCCUCGCAUUCACAAUGAACAUGAAGCCACUAAUGGACGUCCUGGAUCAAUCCCUUCACAUGGCCCUAAGCCCUCUACUUCCUUGAAAGGGAAAGAGCGCUUAGACGACGUUUCUGAUAAUAGUGUAGGUAAUUCUGAGGCUGCGUCUUCCAAUCAGGCAUCUGGUAGUGGCCUUUCAAGCAGUGCACCGAGAGGUCCAUCUACUGCAGCCGGAGCUCCAGAGGCCACCUUUCCAUCACCUUUCGACCGACCUGCGGUAUCUCCCCCAUCUGAUCACUCCCCACCAAUGCCUGCCCAAAAUGAUAACGUAUUACGACAAUUUCCUCCUGCAGGUACUCUCGUCGUCGUGCAGGGCGUUGUACAAACCGAUGGUACUCCAAGAACUGCACUUGACAACCCGUCUUCAUUAGGGAAUACUAUGCAACCAUCAUCAUUUUCAAAUAGGAACCCCGUGCAGCGACCGUCUCUCUCACCAGAAGCUGAUCAAAACUCUUCACGCACUUAUUCAGAUGUAAGCAGCACUGAGGGUUCAAGGUUUAGCGCAUCUUCAGGCUUUUCGGAAGGCUCUACGAUUAACGAUGAUCGUGGUUCAUCGGAAAGUUCGAUACCCUCAGGAUCGCCGUCCGGUACUGGCUUCCGCAGCGGUGCGCAGGGACCAAUUUCACCAAGCUCAAGUGGUGUGGAUGUCCUCGGUGCUCUCUUAAGUAUCGUUAGUGUUGCAACUGCCGCAACUGCUGCUUCACUUCUCUCAGGGCCAAACGGCACUUUUAGGUCUCCCUUACCUUCUACUGAACGGCCAAGGACGACUUCUAACAUGUCACCGACGAACAACGAGGGAUCAACGACGUCGUCAGUAGCCCGCGCGUUAGCAUCCACGAAUCCAAUAGCUGCGGCGGUGCUUGCUCAACACGAACGAGACAGGGAAGAGAGGGAGAGGACGCGGGUACGCUCGAUAUGGGAGGGUUUCCGUUCAAGGGUGACCAGCGGUAGAUCGAGCAGAGGUCCAUUAGGAAGAACUUUGGGAAGCACUUUCCCUUCACCUCCCCCGCCGUUGACCUCUGGCCGCAACCGCAUGGACGAUAGUCCUGCUAUUCCAGAUGCAUUGUUUACAGAACUUGCACGUGCGUUUCAUCUCUCCAGUUCAACGCCGGAUGAGCGGCAGACAGAGGCUCAAAAUACCUCAGCUACUAAUCCAAAUCCUGAUGAAGAUCAGGACCACCUCUCUGGAGGUCGACGUUCUUCGGACCGCGAGACAGAGGAUCCAGCUCCGGAUAGUUUUGAGCAGUUCCUUGUUGACUUGCAGUCGGACCUUAGGACUGCUCUUUCACGGAAUGACACUGCACAGAACGGUCCUCCAACGGCAGGAGCUGCCAACGACAGUGGAACGGGAGAACCAGCGAACGCAUCUAGGGAAUCUAACAUGGAUAUAGACUUGCCUGAAUCUCCGACCACCGAAGCAACUUAUCACACCGCAUCUAGCAACAAUAAUCAGUCACUAAACACUCCUAGUGUAAACGACACUGGGACUGAACAUACCCAGCCGUCCCCGACGUCUUUCAAUCCUGACAAUGGCCCUUCUGUCACUAACCCUGAUCAAGGAACUUCUACGGAACCCAACCAAUCCACAACGUCAAAUAACUCCUCUACGACCACCAAUGGUAGGAGUCGUGGAAAUGGUGUAAACUGGUGGAGAAUGUACCGGUUCCCACCCAUGCAGCCAACUCAGCCAACUCAAGGUAAUGCUGCGCGUCGCAGAGUAGACAGCAACUACUUGCGUGAACGGCCACCGACUCCCAUUCCUUCAAGCAGUCCUCCGAAUACCGGAGCUUCAUUGACAGAUGGUCAAACGACAUCGGAAGACGCAGGCACAAUGGUGCCAGUCAUUGUGGUCGGCUUACAGUCCAUCAGCCCUGGUGCUCGACGAACAACACCAUUGCCGCCUGAAUUUACACGUGAUAUCGACAACCCAAUAGCAAAUGAAACCACUCGCGAGCAUAUGGGCGGCGAGAAUGGUUUCGUUCCACGAGGUCCCAGGGGCUUACACACUGCUCGUGGACCCUGGCCUUCAAGAGCGCCUUCAAGAGUCUCCCGCAGGUUUGGUAGGUUGGGACGAAGGGAAGAUCUUCCUGUCGACCAGGGGCAUGAAAUGCCAAAUGCGCCAAACACGACGGGAGGCGCCCGCACCUUCUUCAUCUAUGUCUUUGGUGGUCAUUAUCCGCCGAAUCAUCACAUAUUCUCUGGAUCAGAUGCUCUUGACUCCUUCGAGGCACUUUGGGAAUUGGCUGAUCUCCUGGGACAAGUCAAGCCACCAGUCGUAACAGAGGAAGACAUUGAACGCUCCGGUUUGGAGCUAUUCAAAGCUAAAGAUCUCGGAGAAUACGAAAGCAGUGGACGCGUCGCGAACAACUGCAUUGAUAGAUGUCUGAUCUGUCUAGACGAGUACAAUCCCGACGACGAUCUUCGUCUUUUGACUUGCAAGCACACCUUCCAUAAGGGAUGUGUCGAUAGGUGGUUAAAGACAGGCCGAAACAACUGUCCUGCCUGUCGAACCGAGGGCGUUAAAACUAGCAGCAGCAGCAGCACAUCUGCACCUUCGCUGUAA